CUUUCUGGUGGAGGAGCCGGUGCGGCGGUAACGGUGCGCGGCCGGCUUUGAGGGUGCGGCCUAGCGUGGACUGCGAGACCUGAAGGUCCCUCGCCGCUGCCACCGGCUGUAGAGAGAGACUCGCGAGGGAAACCAGAGGUGGCGCCCACGAUGAGAGGCCCCUGCGGGAAGCCAGGACUCGCUGGACAGUUGGCGUCCUCGCGGGGUGGGCCUCCCUGGCGUCCCAGUUACCACAAAACGAGAGCCGCGAACCCAGACCUCAGUGUCGGCGGCCCCUCUCGCGUCUGCCUCCAGCUUCCAUUCGUGCACGCCAGCCCUGCUUUCUGUGGAUUCUGCUUCUCCAGUAGAUGAACCCCCUGGAAAAUGACCAGUUCUUGCAAUACUAAAAUAAUGGCUCAUGAUUUGGUGAUGUUCAAAGAUGUGACUGUAGACUUUUCUCAGGAAGAGUGGGAAUGCUUGAACUCAAAUCAGAGGAAUUUGUACAGAGAUGUGAUAUUAGAGAACUAUAGCAACUUUGUGUCACUGGGAUGCUCUAUUUCUAAGCCAGAUUUGAUUACUCUAUUGGAACAAGGGAAAGAGCCCUGGAUGGUUGUGAGGGGUGAGAAAAGAAGAUGGAGCCUAGAUUUGGAAUCCAGGUAUGACACUAAAAAGUUAUUUCAAGAGAAAGAUAAUUAUGACAUGAAAUUAUCUCAGUGGGAAAUAAUGGAAAGAGUUAAAAGUCGUGGCCUUGAUGACUCCUUUCUUGGAAAAGGUUGUGAAUAUAAACAGUUUGAGGGACAAGAGGGUCGUCCCUACACGAUACAUUUCAGGCAAGUGACAAAAACCACCCCUGCGAAAGUUCCCACUUACAGAAAACUAGCAUCUCUUACUCUGUGUCAGAAAACUCAUAAUAGAGAAAAACCUUAUGAAUGUGGGGUCUGUGGAAAGGCUUUUAGAGUCCGCCAGCAACUUACUUUUCAUCAGAGAAUUCAUACUGGUGAGAAACCUUAUGAAUGUAAAGAAUGUGGAAAAGCCUUUAGACAGUGUGCCCACCUUAGCCGACAUCAGAGAAUUCAUGCUUCUGACAAACUCUAUGAAUGUAAAAAAUGUGGAAAGAUUUUUACGUGUAGCUCAGACCUUCGAGUACAUCAGAGAAUUCAUGUUGGUGAGAAGCCCUAUGAGUGUAAGGAAUGUGGGAAAGCCUUUAGAGUGCGAGGACAGCUUAAUCUUCAUCAAAGGAUUCACACUGGUGAGAAACCCUAUGAGUGUAAGGAGUGUGGGAAGACCUUUAGGCAGUAUGCACAUCUCACCCGACAUCAGAGACUUAACAUCGCUGAGAAGUGCUAUGAGUGUAAGGAGUGUGGUCAGGCUUUUCUAUGUAGCACAGGCCUCCGAGUACAUCACAAACUUCACACUGGUGAGAAACCCUAUGACUGCAAAGAGUGCGGAAAGGCCUUUAGAGUGCGGCAACAGCUCACUCUCCACCAGAGGAUUCACACUGGUGAGAAGCCCUAUGAAUGUAAGGAGUGUGGGAAGACCUUUAGUCGUGGCUAUCAUCUAACUCUCCAUCAGAGAAUUCACACUGGAGAGAAACCUUAUGAAUGUAAAGAAUGUCAGAAGUUCUUCCGUCGUUACUCAGAACUUAUUUCACACCAGGGUAUUCAUAUUGGAGAGAAACCUUAUGAAUGUAAGGAAUGUGGGAAGGCCUUUAGGCUGUUCUCACAACUUACUCAACAUCAGAGCAUUCAUUUUGGUGAGAAACCCUAUAAAUGUAAGGAUUGUGAGAAGACUUUUAGGUUGCUCUCACAACUUACUCAACAUCAGAGUAUUCAUACAGGUGAGAAACCUUAUGACUGUAAGGAAUGUGGGAAGGCAUUUAGACUUCAUUCAUCACUUAUUCAGCAUCAGAGAAUUCAUUCUGGGGAGAAGCCAUACAAAUGUAAAGAAUGUAAGAAGGCCUUUAGACAGCAUUCACACCUUACUUACCAUCAGCGAAUUCAUAAUGUAAGUUAAUUAUGAAAAUCUUCCCAUUGUGAAUUUUGUGUUAAAAGCAUUAGAAAAUAAACUCUAGAAGAAAAGUUUAGAAUGUAGGAAUCCCUUUUGCUUCGUACUCAAAACUAACUUGGCAUAAGAGGUUUUAUUUAAAAGAAAGAAGAAUGUGUUAAUUUAAUGAGUAUGUAGAAGCCGGUCACCACCUCUUAAGCCAUGUUGAACUUCAGAAGUCAUUCUGGAAAGCAACUGUAUUAGAGGAAUGAAUGAGGAAAAAAAUUUUUUAUCUUAACUAUUACCAUCUUUAUAUCCUUCCAUCUGUUUAGUAUAUCUAUGGAGAUUGCCAGGGUACAGCUCAUUCUGACAAUUGAUAAAUAAAAGGAAAGAAAAGACAUUUAGUCUGAAUUUCCUAUAUAAACUGUAUUUCAGGACAACCAGAAGUUAAUGAGGUAAAAUUCUUCUUGAUUAGAGAAUUCCAACUAAUGAAUGUAGAAAUAGAAUUAGAGAAUUCUAUUAGGAAAACCAUUCUGUAACAUAUAAUAACAGAUCUAGACACAAUUCUGAUUAGGUGUUAAGACCAUUAAAUGGAAGUUUGACAUGGAUUUCAUAGUGAAUAGAUCAGGCUCAAAUCAUUUGAACCCACUGAUCAAUUUUAACCUCACAAAAAGUAGGACAAUAAAACAUGCUCCUACUGUGAUUCAAAAGAUGCACACAUCUUGCCAAAAAUAUUGAACCUGUAUUUAAGCCUCAGGAUCUAAUUCCAAGUUUAAAGAAAAUGAGAGAAUGGAAGACCAAAUUACAUGGCAUAAAAAGAAGCAAUUAAAUCUAAAUUGUAGGUAAUUCUACAAGAGGAAUGAUGUGGUAUCUCAACCAAUAAAGUGACACUGAAAAAAGGAGGUGGGACUCUUAGAUACUGAAAGAGAUGUAAGAGACAUCAAUCAAUUGCAAUGAAAAAUUCACUCUUAUUUAGAUCAUGAAUUAACAGAUUGUAAAGUAAGUAAUUUUUACAAUAAUUGGGAAAUAAGAAUGUUAAUAGUAUUAGAUAACUUUUUGUUAGGUAUGAUAGUAGCAUUGUGCUUAUGUUUUUAAAAUGUCUAUUUGGUAGUGAUCUGAAGUUUAUACAUAUUUGAAAUGAUGUCUGAAAUAUCCUUUAAAAUGCUCAUGCAGAAGAAAAAGUAGAUAAGUAUGGCAGAAUCAUGGUAAACUGAGUA